AGGCAGACGCUGCCGCCGGGCGCACGUCGCCUCCACGCAGGGGCUCCACUCCACUGCUCUAUGCAGCCCACGAACAUCAUUGCUGCCGUUUUGUCGCACUGCGUUGCAUCACUCCAUGACUCUUGCCACAGGAGACGUGGGAGAAGUGACCCUGAGCGUGGACCUCUGUCUGCCGGUGCACCUUCUAUGGGACGUGCCGACGCCAGCCAGUGGUCCGGCACGACUAGCUGCGAGCCCUCAGGGUGCACCUCUGUCGACACGGCUAACCGUGAACAACGCCCCCAGAGGAGUUUCUCCAUUGGCCUUGGGACGUCCUGGAGCGCAUCGUCCAUGCUGCCGGACAGUUGGUCCACAUGUGGGCGUGAUCCACGUGACCACCCGCAGUCUCUUCCGGCCACCGACCUCGCAACUCUACAAGAUGAGCAACUGGUCCUCCCGUUGGCGCGCAAGCCGGAGGAAGGCGUCAGAGUCCAAUCAAGCCACUGUCACGGAUGAUGAUGAUGAAAUGAUGAGGACAACACAAACACCCAGUCCCCGGGCAGAGAAAAUCCCCGACCCCGUCGGGAAUCGAAUCCGC